CUUGGUGUAUCACAGUUGGCGGGAAGGAACUUUUGUUGUCAAAUCAAACAUGAACAUGGAGAGCGAGUCACAUGAGAUGAUCUCGAGUACAACUGAUAAAACAGAUUUCGUCGAGGUGGAGGGUGUCGUUAAAUCAUGGAUGAUUGAUUUUUACUUCGCGUCGUUAUGUCGACUCUUCAAAGAUAGAUCUGACAACUUCGGCAAUACUCUGAAAAUAUUUGAAGCGAUAGUGGAUGAGCAGCAUCAGUCAUGUUCAUACAGAUGGGAUGAUCCCUCUCAGAGAACCAUCUGCUGUUUCCUCGCCAGAGUGUUGGAUGGGGAAAACCUGGAUGUUCAUUAUGAUCAAAACCCUAAAAUCACCCCAAUGAUGUCAGCACUGCCGGUUUGGGAGUCAUUGGAGGAUCUUGUGUCUGAUGCUUCUUUACAUGCUAAGAUCAGGACUCUAUUGAUUGUUCAGUGUGUUGCUGUGUGUUUGAGGAAUGGGAAUUCACAGAUGGCAAAGGAUACCCUGCAAUGGCUGGAGACAGAGACUCAGUUACCAGAGAAGCUACAAGGAAAGUUAACCACCAUUGUGAAAAAGAAGGAUGCUUAUGACCAACUCCUGAUGAAAUUUACCUACAGUCAGCUAUUGGAAAGCAUUGACAUAUUCCUCAACACAUUUCUCCAGGACCGUUCUUCUGAUUUCUUACUGGAAGCAGCAUCAAAAGUGGUCCAAGCACGUCAUGAGAAAUCGGAGAAAACCUCCUCUGAACAGGACAGUGAUGUGAAGGCAUCAUCCAGCCCAGAGUCCAACGACCCAAAAGAGAAUGAGGAACAGGUGGAUCCACUUGUGCCAAAUAUCAGACCCAAAAAGAAACUUUUCUCAAAACAAAGUCACGAGCUGUGGAAACCAGAAACCGUGAAGAAAAAGCAAACCAAGCUCAGGAGAACCUCCAUUUGUAGGGUUUCCAGGAGGAGUAAUGCCGCUUCAGUAUUACAAAGCGAUAUCAGUGCAACAACGCGAACCAGGAGGAUGUGGACUUACAAAGAAGAUAUGGGGCUUAAAGCAGGUGUGAGGAAGCACGGGGAGGGGAAGUGGGCCAUGAUCCUGAAUGAGUUUGAGUUUGAGAACCGGACCAGUGUCAUGCUCAAAGACAGGUGGAGAACCCUGAAGAAACUGGAAAAGGUCUGAGGUGUUGUUGGCCACAGUUUAAAUACUUCAAGACCUGUAGAAUUUAUUGCUUUGAAGUUGUCAUAAUCUGCCAGGUGUCAAUACUUGUAUAGUAGUUGGAAUGGAAGAUUGUAUAUUCCUCAAUCUGAGGGCAGUUGUUUUAUGUACAGUGACAGAAUUUAUUUACUUUUGUGAUUUAAUAUUUCACACAUAGACACUUCACAUGGACAAAGCUCUUUGCUAAGUGCUGUUAUAGAUUUCCUUGCAGUUACUCUUCAUAUAAGUGACAUUUCAUUCUGAGACUAAUUUUAAAAUAAAUUUAGUCUAUAGAAUGGUGAAAUUUUUGGCAAACAUAUUUUUUCAAAAUUGGGCAAAAGUAUUGUAUAAUAACUUCAAAAACUGUAUGCAGCUUGAUUUUACAGUUGAGCUUUGUUACACAUUUGUCCAGUAGAGGGCGAAAAUGAGCUCAUGUUUGCUUUUAAUUCAGCUCAUGGAGAUCCCUCUGAAUUUUGUUUUAUUUUAUUAUUAUUUUUUGAAGAAGCGACUUUAAAAAGGGAAAAUAUUUUUUA